CACCAUACUAUCCCUUACGAAUGUGUGGUUGGUGUGGUGCCAUCGGUCAUAGUAGCAAAAAUUGUCAUAUUCGUAAAUCUGGAAGACCUAGGGUAGAUAACAAUCAUAAAAGAGCAUUAAUACAAGGCCUUAACAAAUUUAAAAAUACCGCUUGUGGAUGUUGUGGUAAUGAAAAUCAUGCUAGAAAUGAUCCAAAUGCCCCGUGUCGAAAUCAAAACUGUAUUAAUCCUAGAUUG